GGGGCCAAAAAGUAAAAUAACGGAACGACCGAAAAUUCUAUUCCAAUUUCGAGGCAGAGGCAGAGGAAGAGAGUUGGAUGGCAAUUGCGAGAAGAGAACACAGAGAUUUUCUAGUUUCCGUCCCUGAGAAGGUGGAAGAGGACACCGCACUGCCACCUCUUACUUCAUCCCCUGCUCCACUUCACCAUUCUGGAAUCUUGAAUGCGACUCUUAUGGACUGGUGAUGUUCUAUCUUCUUUUGGUUGAUUUGGUCUAAUAACUCGUCGAUUUCACCAAUUAGCUUGCUCCUCUUCUACAAUAUGAACAUGGGUUUUGCUUCUGUUGGUACUGGUAUCGGUAAUGGAGGAUCUUCAUCAUCCUUUUCCAAUUUAUCACCUUUGGCGCCCCCUUUUACUCUUGAACGUUUGGUUACCAGACCUAUUUCAACCCCACUUGUUGAUAUGACAGAACCAUCGUUUGGGGUUGGGGUUCCCCUGAAUUGGCACCCUUCCAGCUCCCAAACCUCAGGACUUGAUUUCUUUCUCAACCCCAGCUCCGAAUUUGAUUGGUUACCCUUAUCUAGUGGGUCUAAAUACCCAAGGUCGCAGGCUAUGGAGCCUGCUGAUAACCGUGGACCUCUUUUCGGUUGUUUUACGAUGUCCUCAACUGACGCCUCCUUGUAUGGUGAGACCUCUGGCGGUCUAAUAACCAGUAUUGGCAAAGCAAAACCCUACUAUCCUUCCUAUGCCUCGACUUCAUGUAACAAAGGUUGCCCUACGGUGAUCGUUGAUCAUCCAAGUUAUGAUCGGCUAUCUAACUCCCAUGUUGCUACAUUCGACGAGCCCCCAUCCACCACUUGUGGAUCUAGAGGCUCUGAGAGAUCAGUUGAAGAGGCUUUAAAUUCUAUUGAUAUGCUUGAUCGGAAUAAAUUCAACGAGCUUGUAAGAGAAUGUCCAAAUGCAGAAUUAUUAUUGGAGCGUAACCUUAACAUUGAGCCGGUUAAGAAUUCAAGAACAUCUAACAUAGAUGCUCAUUCUGCAUUUCCAGGAUGUCACCCUAAAACUAGGACACUACCUUUGAAUCUCGCUACAAGUUCUCAGAACAACUGUCAAUUCCUAAAAAAUGCUCCAUAUCAAGAAAUAUUGACAGAGCAAGAUGAUAGACUAAGUGUGACUACAACAAUUGUCAAUUCUCCUGCUACUUUUUCCAUCAGACCACCUGUUGUCAGCACUGAUUCUUUUGUUUGGAACAUCGGUCCAUGUAAUAUUUCAGAUUAUGGAUAUGAUUCCUCUGAAGAAAAACUUGGUGGCAAUGACCUUUCGACUGGAAAGGAGUUCCUUCCGGUUAAUUCUGAAAGCAAAGCAUUCUUUAGUACAGAGAACCAUGGCACAUGUAUAGAUAAAAAUGAUCCUGUAGUUACCGAGUCCUCAUUAACAAAAAUUCACAACUUACCAAAUAAUAUACAUGCUGCUAAGGAUUCACCAGAUCGUAUAUUGAAGACUGGAAUGGGGCUUCAUAUUCCUGAUGCCAGUCCCCAUUUUAGUUUGGACCUUAAAACUAUUGAAACUGCUAAGGCAAUUGAAAGCUCCUCCGAAAGUUUUGAUCAGUACAACCUUUCAGCAGUAGACUCACCUUGCUGGAAAGGUGCUCCAGUUAGUCGUAUUUCUCCUUUUCAAGCUUUUGAGAUUGUUAACCCAAGUCGUGUGAAGAAAGUAGAAGUUUGCAAUAGCGUGAAUCUCCCAUUGCCUCAAGUACCCACUUCUACUGCUGAGGAUACCGUGAAAGUCUUCGUUCAUGAACCAAAUGAAAGCACCAUAGGUAGCCGUCUGGAGAAAGGUGCAACAUCUUCUCCAAAGAUGCCUUCAGUUGCUUGUUCCUUGCUUGCAGAACAUAAAACUAUUGAUUCUGGGAAAGUAGGAGAUUUUUAUUCAAAAAUGAGCUGCUUCCAUCCAGCCAUCAAUAGCAUCCAGAAACCAGUGGUAGAUGGUGGUGAGUGCGAUUCUUCCUGUUGCACGCCAGAAAAUAAUUUUAAGUAUAAUUUCAUGUCCGGAAUAAGGAUUGCACCUACAAGUUGCAUGGAAAAGCAUGCAGAUGCAAAAUUAAAUAGUGGCAACUCCUCUGAAGAUGGUUUGAAUCAUACGUCACGUGAUGCUGCAGAACAUGUCCAGAAUUUGCCUUCUGAGCUAGCAAAAGAAUAUCAUGAAGAAUCGGUCUCGAAAAUAGAUGUUCAGAUUCUGGUUGAUAAAUUGCAUAGUCUAUCAGAGUUGCUCCUUUCAUAUUGUUCAAAUGGGUUGGAUGCAUUGCACCAAAAAAAUGUCGAGUCCCUUGAGACUGUGAUGAGUAACCUUGAUACGUGUAUAAAUAGCGUUCGACCACAAGGUUCUCUCUCACCUGAGGAAAUGGCUUCACAAAACCUUGGACAGUUUCAUCAGCUUCAUUCAGAGGUGGGAGUGCUCAAAUCCUAUAUGAAAAGGACUGAAGGUGCAAAUUUAGAGUGUUCAUUAAAAAAUCGGAAUGGCAUCGAGAAAAAGAAUCAAUACAUAUUGUCCGUCAAAAAAGACAAAGAAGAUGCUGACUCUCCUUAUCUGAGGAAUGGCCUUGACCCGAUGAAAGAAGAUAGCAUAACCCAGGCUCUCAAGAAGGUUCUGUGUGAAAACUUUCGUGAUGAAGAAGGAGAAAAUCCUCAAACUCUCGUGUACAAGAACCUAUGGCUUGAGGCAGAAGCUGCAUUAUGUGCCUCCAAUUUAAGAGCUCGUUUUAAUAGUGCAAAGUUGGAAAUGGAGAAACAUGAACCACCAAAAGUGAUAAAAAAUGCCCAAAAUCAGGAUGAGCUACCUGUUCCUGAUACAUCCAAGACUAAAGUUGGUUCAGAGCCACAUGCUUCCAUCAAGACUUCUCCUGUUGCAAGUGUAUUUAGUCAGGCAGCAGGGGAUGUGAUGACUAGAUUCCAUAUUCUCAAAUGCCGAGAUGAUGAAGCAAAACUUAGGGAUGCUGAAAAUUCAGGAACACUAUCUGAUUUUAAGGUUUCUGUUGAACAAGACAUGGUUGAAAAAGACAAAAAACGACCUGCAGUCCCAUAUAUCAAAGACAUGGAUUUUCCCUUCCCCACCUCAAAGAAUGAGUCUGGGCCUGCUCUUCCACCCGCUUCCCCCACCUUGAGUUGGAGCAACCAUGUAGAUGAUGAUGUCAUGUCCAGAUUUCAAGUUCUGAAAUCUCGAGAUGAGUGCAUAAGUUGUGUAUCCGGAAAGGUAAGCUCCAAUUCCAAUAACAUCGAUGAGGUAGUAGCAGCUAAAAGGGAUACGGAUGCUAUAGGUGUCUCAAUGAAACAUCAUCCUGUUGCAGAUAACGAUGGAAAAGAUGUUGAUAAUUUAGAUGCUUCAGUAAUGGCCAGAUUGGAUGUCCUUAGGAGUCGUGGAAACAACAUAAGCUCGACCGCUGCUGGAGAACAAUUAGAGGAGGUCGAGGUAGCGUACCAGUAUGAUGGUGCGAGCAAGAGAGAUUAUUGGUCCAGAAUGAGAGGAGGAGGUUUGAGCGUUGAAAUGGAACCUCCUCCCGGUGUCAGUGCAAAAGACAACUUAACUAGGAACGGGAAGGAAAGUAGAAGGCAUGUUGAGGGCAAGCAUCUUGGUGGUGGUUCUGAUGGGUCCUCAUCGGACUGGGAACAUGUUCUUUGGGGGUGACUGAGUGUUGUAUGGUAUUGGCUGCUUGUAAUGAACCUUUUGUAAAUGCCUCCAUUAUACUUUUUGAUUUCUGUUGAAUGUUUGAAUGAACUGUCUGUUUGACUCAGAUUCUCUGCAGCUCCGGAGCAGUACUAUAAGAAUCGGUACAGUACUAUAACAAUCAUCCCUUGUGUACAUGAUUGUACAUGCUUCUAUAGGAACGAAAUAUUUUGAUUAGUACAUUUGCUCAUGUAAUCUUACUAUUGAAGGAGCCAUUUUUAUUGUUCUGUCUA